CUCCGGAGGACUAAACCUCUCCACCCACUUCAGUCCGUCUGCCUGUUUCCCCGUCGCCAGUAUGGAGCUUUCCCGCAUUAUCCUCGCCAUCGUCGUCUACUUUGUCCUCCGUUUCAUCCGUACUCGCUUCUUCGGCAACAACACCACCGGAUCCACCAUGUCUCACGGAAAGGUUAUCGAGGUUGACAACCCCGUCAUCUUCAAGGCGCUCACCUCCAACGGUCCUGUGGUCGUGGACUUCUUCGCAACCUGGUGCGGUCCAUGCAAGGCCGUUGCGCCAGUGGUCGGCAAGCUCAGCGAAACCUACACCAAUGUGCGCUUCAUCCAGGUCGACGUCGAUAAGGUCCGCUCGGUGGCGCAGGAACUGGAGGUGCGCGCUAUGCCCACGUUUGUCCUGUACAAGGAUGGUCAGCUGCAGGAGAAGCGCGUCGUGGGUGGAAACAUGAAGGAACUGGAGGCAGCCAUUAAGGACAUUACGGCAUAAGAGGGUAGUAAUAAAGGAGGCCGGGGAUAGCCGAGCCCGCAGAAAUGGAAGGAGAGAAAGUAAACUACAAGCCCAAAUGUGAUGAUGGUGGACUCAGUGAUGUACUCUUGUCUGUUCAGCACUAUCGUGGCCCUUACUAGCGGGAGGAUAGCUGCGGACCAACCAGCCGCACGCAAUGCCUCCAAACAUCCAAUAUUUGCAUCUACCAUCUGUCAAAUUGAUGUUAAGGCUACUAGGGAUCGGAGCCGUCGGCUGGCAGCUGAAUUGAAGGCGGAAUACCUUCGACAGGACCUGAUCGACGCGGGACGUGACACAGAAUGUGACUGCGGGGCACGGCACUAAUAUUUCAAUACGAUAUAAUGUGUAGUUGUAUAAUUAGCCGCAGCGAGGACAUCUCCUACGUCCGCUGCAGCACGUAUAGUUAGUAGUUGUUUCAUGGGUUUACGGCGAAG